UAUAAACAAUUAUUUCUUUUUUAGGUUGUUGUUGUUGGAAAUGGAGCAGUUGGAAAAUCCAGCAUGAUACAAAGAUAUUGCAAAGGAAUAUUUACACAAGAAUAUAAAAAGACUAUAGGUGUAGACUUUCUAGAAAGGCAAAUUGAGGUCAAUUGUGAAGAUGUUAGACUAAUGUUAUGGGAUACUGCAGGCCAAGAAGAAUUUGAUGCUAUUACUAAAGCAUACUAUAGAGGAGCACAAGCAUGUGUUUUAGUAUUUUCAACUGUUGAUAGAGACUCUUUUAAAGCUGUAGAAUCUUGGAAAAGAAAGGUUGAAAAUGAAUGUGGACAAAUUAUCAUGGUGCUUGUUCAAAAUAAAAUUGAUUUAAUAGAUCAAGCAGUGAUAAGCAAAGAAGAAGCUGAAGAAUUAGCAAAACGAUUAAGAAUCCGAUUCUAUAGGGCAUCUGUUAAAGAUGAUCUUAAUGUUAGCGAAGUAUUCAGAUAUCUGGUUGAAGAAUACUUAAAACAAUUAAAUGAACCUAUUGAAGAAAUGGUAAUUAGAAAUCCUUCAGGUCAAACAAAUGCAUUCAGCAUUGCACCAAAGAAUGGUCAAGAUAAUAAGAACAUUCAGAACUCAAAUAACGGAACAAUAUCUCUUCACAAACCCAAACGAGUAAAAAGCAGUAAAAAAUCAAUGAUGAAAUCGUGUCGAUUACUUUAAUAUCAGCACUAUAGAAUUAAAUGGUAAAAUGUGCCUUGAUUUUAACACUACCCUAACUCUACACGUGUGCCUGGCAGUCCAGCCAUUGUCGUUUAUUAUCAAAUUAUAAUUUCUUAAUUCACACCACUAAGAUUAUAUCUCUUAAUGAAACAGCAUUUUUGUAAAUUUGACAGUCUAAUGAAGUAAUACAUUUCUAUGAAAAUUGACACAAAAUUAAGUGACAUUCUAAUAUAAAAUUAGAAGAAGAAAAAUUAUUUAAGUUAAACUUAUUUAAAAGCAUUGAAUUCCAAGUUCAUAGAGAGAAGUUUUAAUUUUUUUAGGGAGUAUUGUUUUAAUAUCAGUUUUUCUAAUUAUGCUUUUGUCUUACAAUUUGACAGUGAAACUCUUAAGAUAAUUUUGCCUAAAAGUUGCAUUUAGAACAUUUGUGUAUAAAACAUUUUUAAAAUGAUGUAUCUUCCAUUAAAAAAUAUACAAAUUGGAUCAUCUUAAGUAAAACACAAAAUGUUAAUUUUAUAAAUAUAUCCUAUUUGGUUUAUAAGGAGAAUAAAUUUUUUAAUGAUCUUGUUGAUCGGAAUUUAACCUAUAUAAUAAUAUAUAGCAUCAUGCAAAAAUUCUUUAAAUUAUUAUUUUUAAUAAUUAAUUCAACAUAUUUAUUGGCCUGCUUUAAAAAAGUUUUAAUGUAAAAGAACAAAUUAGUGGCAUGCUAUUUUAUAUAUCAGAAUUUUAGGAAUCACGCUAUUUAUAUUCAUGUUACUUUUUAAUGACAAUUUGAAUCUCCAGAGAGGGGAUGAAGAGAGGAGCACAAUUUGGUCCUUUGUGGUGUAUUUAUUAAACACAUUUUUGUAACUGAAGUAACGUUACUUUUGUUAAAUAACCUUCCAUUGUAUAAAAUUUAUAUUUUGUAUUUGCCUGAUUAAUAACAAUGCACAAUGUCAAAAUAGAU